AAGACUAUCAUGCCCCUCAAAAAUUCAAAACAAUUAGUGAAGUCCCUACACAGACUGACACAUCUUGGGGCUAAAAAGAUGAAAGAGCUCUUAGAGCGUGGGGAAGGUACUUUAUAUCUUCCAAACAGGGAUCAACUUCUGCGCCAGGAAGCAGAAAACUGUCAAGCAUGUGCCCAGGUAAAUGCUGGUAAGAUCAAAAUUGGAACAGGGAUCCGGAUGAAAGGCCAUAAGCCCGGAACCCAUUGGGAAAUAGACUUCACUGAAAUUAAACCUGGUAUGUAUGGCUACAAAUAUCUUUUGGUUUUUAUUGACACUUUCUCUGGAUGGACAGAGGCAUUUCCGACUCGGCAUGAGACUGCUAAAGUGGUUGCAAAGAAAUUACUGGAAGAAAUCUUUCCCAGGUAUGGGGUACCUGGGACCAUUGGGUCAGAUAACGGGCCUGCCUUCGUCUCCCAGGUAAGUCAGAUGGUGGCCAAUACAUUGGGGAUUAAUUGGAAAUUACAUUGUGCUUAUAGACCCCAAAGUUCAGGACAGGUAGAAAGGAUGAAUAGAACCAUCAAGGAGACUUUAACUAAAUUAACGCUUGAAACUGGCACUAGAGACUGGGUACAACUCCUACCUUUAGCUUUAUACCGGGCCCGGAACACCCCAGGCCCACAGGGACUAACCCCAUUUGAGAUUCUGUACGGUGCACCACCACCUGCUGUUAACUUUUAUGAAACUGAAACCUAUGCCUCCCUCACCCCAUCUAUGCAGACUCAUUUGUGUGCCUUGCAGUUGGUCCAGAACGAGGUCUGGAAGCCUCUAGCCGCAGCAUACAAGGAGGAACUCAAAACCCCCUCGCUGCCACAUCCCUUCAAAGUCGGAGACACCGUCUGGGUAUGCAGGCACCAGAGCAAGAACCUUGAACCGCGGUGGAAAGGACCUUACACCAUCCUGCUGACCACUCCCACUGCAAUCAAAGUGGACGGCAUCACUGCUUGGAUCCACGCUUCCCACGUGAAAGCUGCACAUCCGCAGGAGUCCACAGACGCCUCUCUGGAUCCAGAAUGGAGGCUGCAACGCACCCAAAACCCUCUAAAGAUAAGACUUACACGCUGUUAAUCACUCUU